GAGCCGGGACUUGCGGUCGCCGAGAGCGGAUCAUUCCGCCGCUUUCUUUGUGUGGCUGAAGCGCUAGAAAUGGCAUAUUUUCUUUCCCUUCGUUAAAAAAUCAGACCCUCUUUCCCCUCUCUCCCCGCGGGAACACAGCUAGGGAGCGGGUAGUAGCAAGAUCUGCCGACGAGCGCAGAGGCGGAAAAUCCUCGGGCGAUGAGCUGAAGAGGGCCGGGUCCGGGAGGGAUGCUGGGAACCUGACUCACUCGCAUACCAUGUGUCCCUCCGCGCGCAGCACGGGGGACUUUUCGGUGGGGAUUUUGGGCGCCGACCAGACGCGGCAUUUUCGGAAAAUAGCGCCCUGUGCAGCUGAAGCGCUUUGUGUGUAGCGGGGCCGCGUCAGCCCGGCCGGGUACGAGGCGCCUCGGGUCCCCGCACCACCUCCUGCUGCCUUCCCGUCGCCGCUCCCGAAGCUUUUCCAGAUGUCCCUGGUAGAUUUGGGAAAGAAGCUUUUAGAAGCGGCACGAGCAGGUCAAGAUGAUGAAGUUCGUAUUUUGAUGGCAAAUGGAGCUCCCUUUACUACAGACUGGCUGGGAACUUCUCCACUUCAUCUAGCAGCACAGUAUGGUCAUUAUUCCACCACAGAGGUACUGCUGCGAGCUGGUGUGAGCAGAGAUGCCAGAACCAAAGUGGACCGAACACCAUUACAUAUGGCAGCUUCUGAGGGCCAUGCCAGCAUAGUAGAGGUUUUACUUAAGCAUGGUGCUGAUGUCAAUGCAAAGGACAUGUUAAAGAUGACAGCUCUCCAUUGGGCCACAGAACACAAUCAUCAAGAGGUGGUGGAACUUUUAAUCAAAUAUGGUGCUGAUGUACACACGCAAAGUAAAUUUUGUAAAACUGCAUUUGAUAUUUCAAUAGACAAUGGAAAUGAAGAUUUAGCAGAGAUAUUACAGAUUGCUAUGCAGAACCAAAUCAACACAAACCCAGAGAGUCCUGACACUGUGACAAUACAUGCUGCAACACCACAGUUUAUCAUUGGACCUGGAGGGGUGGUGAACCUAACAGGUCUGGUAUCUUCAGAAAAUUCAUCCAAGGCAACAGAUGAAACGGGUGUAUCUGCUGUUCAGUUUGGAAACUCUUCUACAUCAGUAUUAGCUACAUUAGCUGCCUUAGCUGAAGCAUCUGCUCCAUUGUCCAAUUCUUCAGAAACUCCAGUAGUGGCCACGGAGGAAGUAGUUACUGCAGAAUCUGUGGAUGGUGCCAUUCAGCAAGUAGUUAGUUCAGGGGGUCAGCAAGUCAUCACAAUAGUUACAGAUGGAAUUCAGCUUGGAAAUUUGCACUCUAUUCCAACCAGUGGAAUUGGUCAGCCCAUCAUUGUGACCAUGCCAGAUGGACAACAAGUAUUAACAGUACCAGCAACAGACAUUGCUGAAGAAACUGUUAUAAGUGAAGAACCACCAGCUAAGAGACAAUGUAUCGAAAUAAUUGAAAACCGGGUGGAAUCUGCAGAAAUAGAAGAGAGAGAAGCUCUUCAGAAACAGCUGGAUGAAGCAAAUCGAGAAGCACAAAAAUAUCGACAGCAGCUCCUAAAGAAAGAACAGGAAGCAGAGGCCUACAGACAGAAGUUGGAAGCUAUGACUCGUCUUCAGACUAAUAAAGAAGCUGUUUAAUUGAAAUGAACAUGUAGUUUGAUUUUACUUUUGGUCAGGAAAGAAUACAAUCUUGAACUGUACACAACAAAGGUACAGCCAUGGGAAUACAGAAUGAUAGAAGAGACUACAGAUGGAUAAUUGGACUUAAGCCAUGAGCUCUGAGUUCUUGUAACAUAAAACUUUACUUUAGAAGUUGUGAAAUGUAUUUAAAACUGAAUUCUGUAAAUAGUUUUUUUUUUUACAGUUCCAAAUGAGUUGAUAAAGAUUGUUGAAGAGAUCCAAAACCAGAAUAAGCCGCUGUUUUUGUGAAUUCUUUUUGAUUUUAGUACAAACCUUAAUUUCUCAGAAACAGAACAGUUUUAAGGGUGAUCGUUGUUGGUUAGACCAAAUGUUGUGUAAUAAUUAUGGUGGACUGAUGCUGGAAUUACUCCUGUAGGUAUAAACCUCUAUAUGAAGAGAAGAUUUCUCCCAGGAAAUCUUUGUACAGCUUUAAGUUGUGUCAGAUUCUCUGAAAACAUUUUUUAGAAAGCAAAAUUUUUAUAUUUGUUCAAUUUCAGCUAUACCCAAGUAGAUUUACAUGUAUAUGAAGCAAAUAUUUUUAAAAAUUUCUGUUUGUACAUAUUCUGCAUGUUUUAUAAUUUCAAAAUGCAUCACUUACAUAGGUAUUUCUCCCACAGAAAUGAUGAAAGUGACCAGAAAAAAACAAAAACAAAACCCCUUUACUCUGUAGGUCAUUGAAACGAAGUAAGCUGGCAGCUGGUUUUAUUGGAAUGACAGUGUUCUUGGAAGGAGCAGCCUACAAGAUAACUUGAAUUUGCCAAUUAUGCAAAAUCUGUGCUUUUUCGAAAAUUUAAGAGUGGGGACGUGAAACUGUAUUCUGUGCCUUCCAUCAUGAUUUCCACAUGAAAGCACUUUAAGGCACUGAUUUUAAGAUAAUGUUUUUGGAAAACCCAAUGCAUAUGGGUUUCUGAAAUAUUUUAUGGACUUAUUUCUCCCCAGGAAAUUAUUCUUACGGAAAAAAAUUGCUUUUGUAUGUAGAACAGGAACUUUUUGUAUUACAGUGAUGCAAUAGACAUGUCUAAUGUAACUUCUACUUUUCCCUUUGAAAGCUCAGUGUCUGUGCUAUGACUUGCUCUCAUCACAAUAUUGUUGAAUUCCACAAUGUAUGGACAUUAAACACUGGCAGACUGUUCACUUUUUCUUUUUUUUUUUGGUAAAAUAUUACUUCAAACCCCUUUUUCUUGCUUUAUUUUUCAGUGUUUUAUUGCUUUAUGAACUGUUUAACCCUGAAAUCCCUCUAGGUUAUCUAUACUGUAUAAAAAAGCAAUUACCCUUAAAACUGUACUCUGGCCUACUUUUCUAUUUUGCAAUUAAAUAUCUUUUUCACAUA